CAAGCCAUCGCUACAAAAUUAACCGGAACGGGUUCAUCAUCUAACAGAAGCACUAUUUCAUAUUGCCUCCACUUCUUGCAGAAUCAAAAGAUCAAAUUCGAAGGGGUGGACGCGAUUAGAGUGGAAGCUUCUUACACCAUGGAGAUGAGACUCACUGCUUUUAUUGCAUUCCAGUUGGGGAAUGCCAGUAACUAGGACCUUUGAGCUCUCCCAUGCAGUUGAUUGAGUGGAUGGAAGUGCAUGUGAGUUUGGUCAGGGUGGUGAGAUUCUGCGCGGAAAAGGAUAAGAUGCUUAUCUAUGUGUUCAUGCCGAAUAGAAGCUUGGACUUCCCACUUCUCAGAACUGGUAUUUGUCGAUAUAAUAGAGC